UGCCGGCACGGCACACGAGGGGUGGGUGGGCAACACCACGCCCGGCCGCCUUUGUCUCCCCCUCCCCCCCCAGUGAGGAUGUUCACGCACCGCGCGCCAGGUGCUCGUUUGAGGCCUCAAGUCCACCUGGCCUGGCACUGGCGGCGUGGUGACGUCACCGUCACUCGGUGCCUAAUGACGGUUGUAUUGGGAGGCCCACGUGACCGCUUCAGAUAACGGCCACCGGUGUGGGCCUGCGAGCGGGAAUCCAACUCGGCCAGUCUGACUACCGAUACCAGUACACGGAGUGCGACGUGACGGGCGGGCGGUGGCGCGUCGCCGUGCCGCACUCCCCCGGCGCCUGCACGGGGCUCCCCGAGCCCGUCAAGGGGACCGAGUGCUCAUUCUCGUGCGGGCCGGGCGAGUUCUUGCAGAUGCUGCAGCAGACGUGCGAGCGGUGUCGCGCGGGCUCCUACUCGCUGGGCGACGGCGUCCUCUUCGACGAAUGGGACGCCGUGCCACCAGACUUCCUCAACAUGGCCGCCAUGGCCUCCGUGGAGGACGGGCCCGACACCCCCGUCGAGAACUGCACACACUCUGGCUGGACUCCCAAUGGCGCCGCGAUCGUGUCCAACCAGGACGAGUGCACCGCAUCGCUCGUCUACGCCGUCAACCUCAAGAAGCCUGGCGAGUUGGUCUUCGAGUACCAGUACCCAGAUGCCGGCCUCUUCUUUGAGUUCUUCAUGCAGAACGACCAGUGCCAGUCGCUCACGGAGGAGCAGGAGCAGAAGUGGAUGCCUCGCACGGACCGGGGCCAGUGGCUGGAGCACCGGGUGGCCCUGCAAGUGGGGAACAAUGUCGUCUACUGGCGCACCACCGGCUACCUCCUGGAGAAGGUCCCCAAGCCGGUGAUGAUUCGACGCAUCUACAUCACGGGAGUGGCGUACACCUCGCAGUGCUUCCCCUGCCGCCCGGGCACGUUCAGCGAGGCGACGGGCGCGGCGUCCUGCAAGCCCUGCCCUCGCAACACCUUCUCCAGCAAGGGGGCCGUGUCGUGCACCGCCUGCAACGCCACCACACACUACGCAGAGCCCGGCUCGUCCGAAUGCAAACUGCGGCCUCCUUGCACUACGCGGGACUACUUUGAAGUACACAGCCCCUGUGACAUCAACCACAAGACGCAGCUCACGUACGAGUGGGUGGAGCCCAAGAGGUGCCGCGAGGACCUGGCGGGCGCCGUGCAGCUGCCGGCGUCGGGGGACAUGAGGCCGUGCCCGCCCUGCAACCCGGGCUUCCAGAGCCUCAACGCGUCGCUCUGCACCGCCUGCCCACAGGGAAACUUCUCCAACGGCACUGACGCGUGCAAGAGCUGCCCCGUGGGGACGGAGUCCGUGGCCGGGCUGGAGUACAAGUGGUGGAACAGCCUUCCCGACACCAUGAGCAGCACGUGUUACAGCAUUCACUACAUCAAGUGCGAGGGCAAGGAAGCCUGGACAGUGGGUGGAGACCACAUCAAGAGCGGAAUUGGUAACUCGGAUGAGGACUACCUCGUCCUGUCUCUGCAGGUUCCCUUCUUCAGGCCUUCGCUUGUGGGCUACGGAGAAGGAGGUGAGGUGGGAACAAUCAACUUUGUGUUUGAGACCAUCUGCUCAUCAAACUGCGAGUUCCACUUCAUGGUGGACAAGGAGAAGCAGCGGUCGCACGUGGUGGAGACGUGGCGGGGCCCGCACGACAAGCAGUCGUACACAUUCUCCGUGGCCACCAACGGCUCCUUCACGUUCAGCUGGGUCUUCCAAGCGAACAUUGAUGCCGCCAAGGACCAUCGACAGACGGGCAGCUCCGCCCGCAUCUACUCCAUCAACGUGACCAACGCCGCUGGAGGGGGCGCCUCAUACUGUCGGCCGUGCGCGGUGGGGGCCGGCGUGGCGGGCUGCGUGCCGUGCCCCCCGGGGCACUACGUGGACACGGCGUCGCGCGAGUGCGUGCCCUGCCGCGACGGCACGCGGCUCGCGGCACGCAAGCCCUACGGACGCGAGGCCUGCCUGGCGUGCGGGCCUGGCACCCGCAGCAGCAAGGACCAUGCGUCUUGCUUCAGCGACUGCACGUACUCGUACACCUCCGGCGAGCGAACCUACUUCUUCAACUACACGGGGCUGGGCGGCCAGCAUGACAGGCGAUUUGGGCCCAGCUUCAGCCCUAAGGGAACCAAGUACUUCUACGCUUUCAACUUCAGCCUGUGCGGAAACGAGGGCCAGAAGAUGGCGGAGUGCGUGGACAACGUCACGGCAGAAGCAGAGGAGACGGAGGGGCCCGCUCGCGCGGUGCCGGCCGGCGUGCGGGCGCUGGCGUGCCGCGCCACCAUCGUGCCGUCGGACGUGCGCUCCACCACGCUCUCCUCCCAGCCCAUCGGCCUCGCCGACAGCAUCAUCGGCGUCACUACUCGGGAGUCGAUGGAUAACAUCUCGGCCCCCGUGGGAUAUUUCCCCGAGUCCACGGUGCCUGACAUCCCUGACAUCAUUCACUUCUACAGGUCGUCGGACAGAACUGUGGCCUGUCCGCAGGGCCGCGCCUCCACCGUGCGUCUUCGUUGCAACUCGGACGGCCCCCCCAACGGGGAGAUUGUCCUGCCCAGGCAGUGCCCCGCCGGCACCUGUGACGGCUGCACGUUCCACUUCCUGUGGCUGAGCCCGCUGGCCUGCCCGCUCUGCACGCACCACGACUACCAGCUCAUCACGGAGACCUGCAGCGGCGGCUCGGAGAAGCUGCGCUACAUGUGGCGGCGCCCACGCGUGUGCCACGGCGGGGAGGCGCUGCCCCCCGACGGGCACCGCAAAUGCGAGCUGCUGGGCUUCUGGCUGCGCGUGGGCAUCGGCGCGGGCUCCUUCCUCGCGUGCCUGCUCUGCUCGCUCACCUGCUACUUCUGGAAGAAGAAUCGCAAGCUCGCCUACAAGUACUCGCGGCUGGUGCAGAGCGCUUCGUCGCGGGAGAGCGAGCUCCCUGCGGCCGACAGCUGUGCCAUCAUGGAGGGGGAGGAGGAGGACGUCAUCUACACCAACAAGGACAAGUCCCUCUUCCACAAGCUCAUGAACAUGAAGGCCACGUCCCCGUACGAGGGCGAGCGCGAGGAGCGACUGGCGCUGGGCAAGACGGAGCGGAACUGACCGCCGCGUCUGCCGCCCUCCUCGGUUGACGGUGGGAAGCGACCAACGCAGCGACACCCGCGGAGCUGCAGGGAAGGGGGGGGGGCCCUGCCGCUCUGCUCCUCCCGCAAGCUCGCGAGCGUGCGGCCGAUGGCGCUCAUUGCGUUGAGCAUUCGUACAGAUUUCACCGUAACGGUUUUUGAACUACUGCGAUAGUAUUUUUAUACGUCCGGUCAUCGCGCACGUCCACAGCAGUGUCGUAAGAGCCGAGUCGCAUGAGCCAGGCAGAGACGGGGGCCGCAAGCUGUGGGUUCGGAAACUCUCUUAUCCGUGUGUUUGUUGGGGCUCAGCAGGUGAUCCACAUUUACCUUUGAUUUGUAAAUUGCUUGUGUUUUUUUUUAAGUUAUCCUCAUGGUAAAAAUGGUUAAGAUGAAUGCCAGGAAGGUGAUUCUUGACAAGGCAAGUUCUGCAGAUCCAGGGAUUAGGCCGCAUGUUGUACCUGCGAGAUAAGACACGGGUUACAAACUUCCUGUGAUCACCAAUUCUGUUGUCGCUCGAUCCAGUACCAACAAACCGGAUCGGCCGUCCCUUUGACAAGUAAUUUGCAUUCAGUAGCAGAUGACGGUCGAUGUGCUGUGCUGAGUCACUGCUUACUGGCUUGUGUGAUGUCCGUGGGAGAUGCGUGUAUUUAAUUUGUGAGCGUGCUUGUGUGUAUGCGUGUGCGUGCGUGCGUGCUAUCGUAUCGAGCCAACAAUUGCAGCAAUUCAAACCACAAAGCAAAAAUUUUCAAGUGUAUUUUUUAUGGGGGGAAAAUAUUCACAAUUCAAUCAUCUCUCUGGACUUUCUCUUCAUGGUUUGUCAUGUUCACAGUUUUCCUUUGGCUCGCACCGCCUUAAUAUCGCGCACAGGCAGAUCUGUGAAGCGAAUAAUUAUCAAAGUGUUGCCAGAGGUGCAAAUGUUUUAUUUAAUUUAUAAAGCAUUACUUUUUCUGUUUUUGAUGUUUAACCGGCACAUCUUUUAUAAUUAAUAUUUUGUUUGAUUUCAGCCAAAGGUAAAUGAAUAAAGCAAAUGUUAAAACUAA